AUGAGUUCGAAUUUGUCUGCUAUAGAAUUAUUAAACUUGGGAAAUGAAGGGAGGGUAAAGCCAGUUUUAAAUAAAUACUGGUCAUAUAUUCUCGGCGGCUUCUUCGGAAUGGGGACAGGAAUUAUCAUAAAUUUUGGCACCAAACGUCCUCUUAUGAGCGGCAUUCAAAAGCAUGUACUUGGAGUAGUUGGUUGGACAGCUCUAUUAACGUAUGUGUCUAAUAAACGAGAAGAAUAUUUAGCAGAAAAGGAUGCAGUUUUAAGACAUUAUAUUCAAUUACACCCUGAAGAUUUUCCUACACCUGAGAGAAAGAAGAUUGGUGAUGUGCUAGAACCAUGGAUACCUAUUCGU